UAACGGUACACACUUGCAGUAUUAAUAGAAACAUUUUGUGUCUUUUCCAGAUGACAGCCCUAGAGAAGGCCACUGGUGACGUUGUGCUCAAGUUUGAACCGUUUGUUCUUCAUGUGCUAUGUCAAGAGCUGCAAGAUGCUCAGCUUGUGCAUACAGUGGCUGUCAAUUCUGGGUUCAGGAACUCUGGGAUUACAGUUGGCAGAGGAGGAAAAAUUAUGAUGGCUGUCCGGAGCACUCACUGCUUGGAAGUUCCCUUGACCCACAAGGGGAAAUUGAUGGUGUCUGAGGAAUACAUGGAAUUUCUGAUAGACAUUGCUAAUCAGAAGAUGGAAGAAAACUCUCGGAGGAUUGACAGAUUCUACAAAUGCUUGGAGUUGGCUUUGGAAGCUGCCACCAGUGCUGACGCCUCACCUGAGGAGGCGGAGAAGAACCAUGCCGUGUACACUCACAGGAGAAAGAGGAAGACUGUUCAGGAACAAGAUGCACACACCUCCCCAAAAGAUCACAGUGAAAAACCAGAGCCUGAGGAUGAUGCAGAAACCAACCUUGGUAUUUUUUCUGAACUGAUGAUAUAG